AUGGGUCGGAAACUGGACCUGUCGGGCCUGACGGAUGACGAGGCGGACCACGUCUUGAAAGUGGUCCAGCGGGACAUGAAGCUGCGAAAGAAGGAGGAGGAGAGGCUGAGUGAGAUGAAGCAGGAGCUGGCGGAGGAAGGCAGCAGAUGCUCCAUCCUCUCCAAGCAGCACCGCUUCAACGAACACUGCUGCAUCCGCUGCUGCGCGCCCUUCACCUUCCUGCUCAACCCCAAGCGCCAGUGCCUGGACUGCCAGUACAACGUCUGCAAGACCUGCUGCACCUACAGCAAGAAGGACAAAGCCUGGCUCUGCUCGGCAUGCCAGAAGGGCAGGAUUUUGAGGACACAGUCCCUUGAAUGGUACUAUAACAAUGUGAAGAGUCGCUUCAAGAGAUUCGGCAGCGCCAAGGUUUUGAAGACUUUAUACAGGAAGCACAUUAUCGAGAGAGGAGCGCUCUCUGAUCUCCCAGAAAGCAGUGUUCACGAGGGAAGCACCGGCAACGACAAUGAUGGCAGCGUCUGUGGCAGUGACUCCGCCUUCUACAAACAGAGUGAAGGACACAGUAUGGCAGAGACUCUCACAGUCGCCCUGCGUGUUGCUGAGGAGGCUAUAGAAGAGGCCAUCGCUAAGGCAGAGGAGUUCAGUGACAGCUUGGAGAAGCAGAAUGAGGCUCGGUAUCUGCGGGACCACAAAGAAGAGCUCAUAGAGGAACUUGCAACAACCAUUGUACAAAAAAUCAUCCAGAGGAGGAAGCGUUCAGAGAUGCAGACAGAGUAUGACUUUGUCUGGCCUCAGCCUCAGUCCUUGAUUCAGCCCAGUGAGCUGCCCUCUCCAUCUCAACCUCACACUUCUUCACAAGCACCACAGGACCCCCUCAAGACCCCUAACUCCCUCUGGCGGUCUCGGUCAGCGUUCUCCCUCACCAGUGACGACUCCCCAGAGAAGGGUCCAGAGGAGGAGGGCGCCGGAGCAGGUGGUGGCUUGCAAGAGUACGCUUCCCUGAAGAGGGAGGCCAAGGCCACGUCUCUACCGAGCUGGAAGAGUGUUGAUCGCCUAGACAACUCCAGUGCAUCCUCAGUGCUCCAGAGCCCAGACGGUAACUGGAUCGCUCUGCACAGUUCUCAGCUGUCUCGGCCCAGCCUGCUCACCAAGAGGAAGAGCCUUGUGUUCAGUGUGUUGGAAAAGGAGUCAGGCGUCGUCUCAGCUUACGACGAGAUGGGAUCCGACUCUGACGAGGACAAUGAAGGCGGCUGGGGUUCGGCGUUGAGACAGUUCCGGCGCAAAUUGUCCGACGAGACUUACUACACGGACUCACAGCACGACCCGGAGUGGACGUACACCCAGCACCUGCCCAUUACCUCACCAUCCUCUGGCCAGUACACAAACACAGAGACUCUCAACUCAGACUCUGAGGCUUCGUCAGUGUUGUCCGCGUGUCCUCGCAAAACACCUCAUAACCUGUUGAGGAAGAAAGGACCACCGGAAACACACCUGCAUCCUCAGCACCAGCCCCUGUACCACCAACACCUUCAGCAGAACUGCUCUCCGUAUCCUCUCCAUUCAGAUGCACUGGAUGUGAACUUUAACCCUAAGGUGAUGGGAGACAGCAGUGAGGCCGAGGAGAGACAGAGCGAUCCUGUCAGGAGGUCACGGCGACGCAGGAAAAGCAAGAGGGAGUCCUCCACAGAGCAAAGCAGGCUUGGAGGCCAGAGCCACACACAGUCCAUCUACCCCAUAGUGCAGGAGAACAGUGGUUUUCUGCUCAACGCCCUGCUGAAGAGGGGUUUAAGUGAGGAACAUCCAGUACCAGACACUAUGCCAGCGGCCACAGCUGCACCAGACGCCUUCAAAUUAGAUGCCAUGACACCAGAGCCAGAAGACUUGGACACGGUGGCCCCGAAUUCAGCGUCCCUGAGCCCCCCGCAGUCCCACUCUCUAGCUCCGGAGUCCCAGCUCUCGGCCAGCAGCUCAGGGCCCGGAGACCCUCUGGAGGAGGAACUACGAUCCAGACUCAGCCAGCUGGUCAACCGUGCCAACAGCAAAGACAGCAGCUCAUCUGAAGAGGAGUGCUCAAAGUGGCCUGUGGACAAGCAGACAGAUAAAGAAAGUGACAGACAGAGAGAGAAGACGAGGCUGAAGGACAUGGAGAGAGAAAGGCAGAGAGCAAGUGACAGAUUGAGAGAGAAAGCAAGUGAAACAGUGGAACAAGUGAAUGGACAAGAGAUGAAAAGAGGUGAGAGACUAAUAAAGAGUCUCUCUGUGAGAGAGGAAGGGAGAGUGAGGGAGAGGAGGUUAGAGAAAGCAGUGGAAUGUUUGGAAGAGAAAGUAGAUGACCAGGAACAAACGAGAGGAGACAAGAGAGAGCCAAACAGACAAAGUAAGAGACAGCAUAAAAGAGAUGUGGAGAAGGAAGCCGCACAGAGAGGAGGAGGAGGAGGAGGAGGGAGGAGGAGGAGUGGCUCAAGCACAAGUUCACCUGCUAUUACACCUUCAUCCCAGGAGGGGGUGCUGUCAGAUAACCAGGAGGGACAGAGUGACUUGGAGCAACAGCAGAGGCUUCAGUUGCUCUCCUCUCUCUUACAGCAGCAGAAGUACUCGGCGGCCUCUCUCUGCAGCAUCACUACAGAGGUGCUGAAGGUUUUGAAUGCUACAGAGGAGCUGAUUGGUGAGGCCGGAGGUGAGAGCUACACCCCGUCUGAGUCCAUGAGCGCUUCUCCCAUCUCCAGCAGCUCGGAGAACCGCAGGCUGGACCAGAGGCUGACCAAGAUGGAGGAGAAUGUGUACCUUGCUGCCGGUGCUGUCUACGGCCUUGAGGGGGCGCUGGGAGACCUAGAGCAGUGUGCCCGCAGUAUUAGCAGUGGUACCACAGACACGGAGCUGGCCUUCCUGGAAGACCAGGUGGCCACUGCAGCCGCUCAGGUCCAGCAGUCUGAACUACAGAUAUCAAACAUUGAGGCCAGGAUAUCAUCUCUGAAAACAGCUGGGUUGAAUGUGACUGUCUGCAAUCGCUUCUCCAGAUACAAGCCUGAGACUCUGGACUCAUCACGCCAUCAACGGAGAAAGCUUCCAGCACCUCCACUGAAAGGUACCCAACAAGUUUAUUUUGCUCUGUUCAGAAAAACCAUAAAAAAAGUUGGAGCCAGAGCAGCAGGUGAAAGUGUUUCGGCCAUAGUGACAGUCAGGCAGCACAACGAGUCCCUCAGGGCCACUUCAGAACCCCAGGGACGGGGGCCGUUCUCAUCCAGUGCCUUGACCCAGCGUCCGCCUUCAGCUCAAAGCCGAGCAGGGACCAACACCUGCCCUGUGUGA